AUGAGUGAAGAGAAACAUAUUAAAACACUUACUAGUAUUAGAUCUACAGGAAGUAGAUUGGAUGUUGAAGAUCAUGAAGUAGACUUACAACAAGUUAUUUCAAAUGCUUUAUCUAUUGGUGAAGUUGGUCAAUCACUUAGUGAUUCACAAAAGCAAAUUAUUUUAAGAAGGUUGAAUUUUGACGGUUUAUUAUCAUUAGAUGAUUUACCAGUUAGCGCUUCAUUCAUGAUUGAAAAGAUCGAAAGACUUAGUAUCUCUGAGUCUUUACAAAUUCUUAAGGAAUCUCUUACAUUACAUUCGGAAGAUGUUAAUAUUCCUACUCAAGAUAUGCAAUUGCUUGAAGAUUUAAUAAAACAAGCACCUCAUGAUCUUGAAGAAACUGAUACAAUUCAUGAGAAGAUUGCAAUUCAAUUUAAUUCUAAAGAAGAAAAAUCAUUUGGUAGUAGUGAAAAAAUCAAUGAUGGUACCCCAGUUGCGGCAUCAUUCGUUGAUUUAGAGUUCGGGAACUACUAUUCAAUCAUUGAUUGGAAUUUACAAGUUAGAUUAGAAGCUGCUUUGAUUGCUUACCAUUCUCCUUAUCCAGAAGUUAGAUCUGUCACUGAUCCAUAUGAUGAUCCAAAUUUACCUGUUGAAACCUUUAGAGUCUACAUUCUAGGUCUUGUUUGGACUGCUAUUGGAGCUUUCAUUAAUCAAUUUUUUGCUGAAAGACAACCAUCUAUCCUGUUAAGUAGUGCUGUUGUUCAAUUAUUCCUUUACCCUUCAGGAAAAUUAUUGGAAAGAAUCUUACCGAAAUAUAAAGUUAAAAUUUGGAAGUAUACCAUUGAUUUAAAUCCUGGACCAUAUAAUCACAAAGAGCAAAUUUUAGCGACUAUCUUUUACUCGGUCUCUGGAGGUGUUAGUUAUGCUUCUUACAAUAUUCAUGUUCAAAAAAUGGAAAGAUUUUACAAUAAUCAAUGGGCUGACUUUGGCUAUCAGAUUUUAUUAAUGCUUUCGACUAAUUUCUUGGGUUUUGGUUUUGCUGGAAUAAUGAGGAAAUUUGCAAUUUAUCCAAUCACCUCAAUUUGGCCAUCUAUCUUACCAACUUUAGCUUUGAAUAAAGCUUUGAUGCAACCAGAAAGAAAAGAGAACAUCAAUGGCUGGACCAUCUCAAGAUAUUAUUUCUUCUUCUCAGUGUUUGGAUUCUCAUUUUUUUACAAUUGGAUUCCAACUUACCUUUUCAAUGCUCUUUCGUAUUUUAACUGGAUGACUUGGAUUCUGCCAGAUAACUUCAACUUAACAGCUAUCACUGGCUCCAUUUACGGUUUGGGUUUGAACCCAAUUCCUACAUUUGAUUGGAAUAUAUUGAAUUUCAACGGUGCUUUAGUGUAUCCAUUUUAUUCACAAGUAAAUCAAUACAUUGGUUCAUUAAUCGGUUUCGUUGUAAUUAUUGGUCUCUUUUGGUCUAACAACAAUUGGUCAGCAUAUAUUCCAAUCAAUACAUCAUCAUUAUACUCUCAACGUGGUACCCGUUAUUCUGUUAAGUCUAUUGUUAAUGAAAGAAGUUUGUUUGAUCAAGCAAAGUAUGAAGUGGUUGGUCCACCAUAUUAUUCUGCUGCUAAUUUAGUACUUUAUGGAUCUUUCUUUGCUAUUUAUCCUUUUGCUAUUGUCUAUGAAGUAUUUAUGAAUUAUAAACCAAUGUGGAAAGCUCUUUCUGGUUUAGGUAAAUCUUUGAAAAACUUUAGAAGAUCUACUUAUGAAGGAUUUAAUGAUCCUCAUACUACUAUGAUGAGACGUUAUAGCGAAGUACCUGAUUGGGUAUUCAUUGUUGUGUUAGUUAUCUCUAUUAUCUUUGCAAUUCUAUGUGUUAAAUUAUAUCCAGCUGAGACUCCAGUUUGGGGUAUUUUCUUUGCUGCCGCUAUUAACUUCUGCUUUUUAAUUCCUUUGACUGCUAUUUAUUCUACUACCGGUUUCCAAUUUGGUCUUAACGUUUUGGUUGAAUUAAUUGUUGGUUAUGCUCUUCCAGGUAAUGGUUUAGCUUUGAACUUCAUUAAAGCCUUUGGUUAUAACAUUAAUGGUCAAGCUCAAAACUAUAUUUCAGAUCAAAAAAUGGGUCAUUAUCUUAAGAUUCCUCCAAGAGCUAUGUUCCGUUGUCAGCUUAUUUCAGUGUUUAUUACUUCUUUCAUUGGAUUAGGUGUCAUUAACUUCCAAAUAAAUAAUAAUAAAGAUUACUGUGAACCAACAAACAGACAAAAGUUUACAUGUCCAAGUUCUACAGUAUUUUAUAAUGCCUCUAUCUUAUGGGGUGUUAUUGGUCCAAAGAAAGUUUUCAAUGGUAUUUAUCCCGUCUUACAAUAUUGCUUCUUGAUUGGUUUCUUAGCUGCCUUCCCAUGUAUUGCUUUUAAAAAAUUCGGUCCAAAGAGGAUCACAAAAUACUUCCAACCUACUUUGAUUAUUGGUGGAAUGUUGAUCUAUGCUCCUUAUAACUUAUCAUAUUACACCGGUGGUCUUUAUUUAUCAAUUGCGUUUAUGUUUUACUUAAAGAAAUAUUUCUUAUCCUGGUGGGAAAAGUAUAAUUUUGUCUUAUCUGGUGCUAUGGAUGCAGGUGUUGCCUUUAGUGCUAUUAUUAUUUUCUUUGCCGUACAAUAUAACGACAGGAGUAUUUCUUGGUGGGGUAAUGAUGUCGUUUGGGGUGGUAUAGAAGGUGGGUUGGGUCAACAAACACUUUUAGAUGCUGCUGUCGACGCUCCUGAUGGAUAUUUUGGUCUUAGGCAAGGACAUUAUCCAUAG